AUGAUGCUGCUCACGGAUUACAAUGUGCUGAUAGAAUCUCUUCUAACAUGUCGUUCUGAGUGUAUUUUAGCGCAUCUUCAGAGCGGUUGUUUCUUCGAGUCUGACAUCACCAGUUUGUUUCGGGGUGAAGAUGCGGAGGUAGAUCGCAGCAUAAAGCGACAUCUCUCUGCACCAUGCAUCUUUCCGUCGUUGCAUUCAGUCAUUCCACCUUAUGCGCCUUCCACUGCGCUAUCUGUUUGCCGUGAUUCUACUGCUGGUGUGUACCAUGACCUUGAGACUGGUAAAUGCAUCAGUAGGAUUUCGAGAGGCGUGUAUUCGUCACGUAUGACUGAUGGCGUACCUGACUUGGGAGGAACGUGCACUCACCUUUCGGCAGCGGAGGACUGUAGCAGCCCACUGGUAUUUCUUGCUAGUGCUCUAGGUGAUAUAAACGUAAUUGACCUAAGAGUGGGCGUAAAGGGCGAGUUUGGUCAUCCUGUGAUGUGUCUAAAUCGAUGUCACGCUGGAGCUAUAUCCUGCAUGUAUAAUUUUCGUGGUUUUAGUUUCAGCCUUAUGUCUGGUGGUUUUGAGGAUGGAAAAUUCAACUUUUAUGAUCUGCGGUUUCCGUAUGACCAUGUGAAAAGCCCAUUCUCGGAGCGCCCGAUGCCACUGCGUUCAAUGGAGAUGCACUUACGCAAUCAAACCAAGUAUGUGGACAUGGACGAUACUGACCAGCAGAUACUAAAGCACAUGAAACUUGGCCGUAUUACUGAUAUGGCUGUUAGUCAUGAUGAGCGUUUGGUUGCCAUAAGUAAUGCUCAGUCUGAGGUUGUGAUAUGUACAACCCAUGAGGACGUACGUGUGAUGAAGAUGGGUUUUUUGUCAUCAAAAGACGAUUAUGCUACUUCUUUAGCCUUUGGUAAUAAUGACUUUCAUCUAUAUUGUGCUACUUACGACCUAAUGGCAGGUAUUGCUCGAUGCAAGCGCUACAUGGGCAGUGAAACUUCUGAGGACCAAGAUGCAGAAGAGUUGCCAUAUCCUUACAAUUUUGUCGUAUGGCCUAUGAUGAACUUCGAAAGCAAUGAUUGGAUCACUACUCCAAUGGAGCGCUUUACCUAUAAGGACGAUUUCCAGUUGGUUGAGGACCUGCAUAGCAGCUGCGUGUUUGGCCGUGGUGCCGAGGAGGACAAGAAGGGCACCACCGAGGGAUCAGAGAAUGAUACCGAUGCCAACGAUACGGCAGGCAGCUCAUUAGUAUCCGGGACUGAUACUGAUAAGCAGGGGAAGUCCAUGUUAGAUAUGAUAUCUCUGACCAAGGGUGGUCCUGCCGCAUCUAGACAUCGUUCUUUUAGGGGUGCUCGUCCUGGUCGUUUGAACCCACUGAUAUUUACUAUAACUGGGGAUUUGGCAGUAUCUACUGGCGGCUGCGAGGCUACCGUAUCAACUGUUGACAUUUGGGACCCUGCACGCCAACAGCUCGUGUGUUCAGUCAGCACCCCUGAGAGUCGUGGAGUUCGCUUUGAGCACAUCUGCAGUGGCCCUAAUGGCGUGGUCCUGCUUAGCGGGACGUUUGAACGCUCUUUAGAUACUGUAAAGCCGUCAACAGAGGACGACUGGCAACUCAACAAGUGCGUUUGCGUGAUGAAGCCGAUAUCUGGCGAUUCGCUAUCUUCGGCCGUUUCAUCGGCACCACUACAUUUUUCCACUAUUUAG